AGGCGGCUGUGGGCGGAUACCAAGCGCUCAGGUUAGCAGGAGCGGCAUACCAGACUCUCGCCGCUCCUUUGUGAGACAGCAGCAGCAGCAGCAGCCGCGGAGGGCCGUGCCGCACCCUGUCCUGCUACCUCCUGGGACUCACCGCGCGGAUCACUGCGCACAGUUGAAAGGGACGCGGGACGUGACCUCAGGUACGACCGCACAUUGACAUAGUCGACGACUCUGAUCUGGAUUUACUUGCUGAGCGAGCUCACAGACACAAGAAACGAUUGAAGAGCAGUGGAUCCCAAACCUCUGGCCAGUGAACGCCUUAGACUUCUGGAUCCCUCCAGCCCUCACCUGUCCAGCUGAUGGCAUGCAGAUCUCCAACCCACCUGAGAGGGCGAGUCUAAAUGGCGCCCUAGACCUUCCCCACUGCUUCCUGUCGGCAACUCUGCUCUCCUCGCUGUCCUCUUCGCCUCCUCUCUGAUUCCGCAGCCAGAUAUCUCAACAUGGAUACGCAGACCGCAGACAGAGACGGUUGCUACUAUAACCGUAGCGUCAAAUUUUUCUACGAGGCGAGUGGCAAGAACAUCAGCGACCACUGGCGCAAUCGGGACUACGUGAUUGUCACGUUGGGCAUGACGGUCUGCUUCAUCGUCAUCUUCUCCAACCUUUUGGUCAUUGCUGCCAUUUUAAAAAACCGACGCUUUCACUUCCCCAUCUACUACCUGCUGGGUAACCUGGCUUUGGCAGACCUCUUCUCAGGUGUCUCCUACCUCCACUUGAUGUUUCAUACUGGUCCCUGGACCAUUAAGCUGUCUAAGUACCAGUGGUUUGUGCGACAAGGGCUGAUUGACACCAGCCUCACAGCUUCAGUCCUCAACCUUCUGGCUGUGGCUGUGGAGCGCCACCAAACCAUCUUCAAAAUGCAGCUGCACAGUAAGAUGAGUACCCGGCGUGUCUUUGUCAUCAUUCUGUUCAUCUGGCUGAUGGCCAUAAUCAUGGGCCUGGUCCCCACCAUGGGCUGGCACUGCCUGUGCGACUUGGAUAACUGCUCCACCAUGGCGCCGCUGUACAGCCGAAGCUACUUGGUGUUCUGGGCCGUUCUCAACCUGCUGACCUUCUCCAUCAUGGUGGCCGUCUACACUCGGAUUUUUGUCUACGUGAGGCACAAGAGCCAGCAGAUGUCGCAGCACACGUCCCAGAUGAGACACAGAGAGACGGUGUUCGCCCUGAUGAAGACCGUCUCCAUGAUCCUGGGCUGUUUUGUGCUCUGCUGGACGCCUGGCCUGGUGCUGCUGCUGCUCGACGGUCUUGGCUGCGAUGAGUGUAACGUGCUGCGCUACGAGAAGUACUGCCUGGUGCUGGCCGAGUGCAACUCCUUCGUCAAUCCCAUCAUCUACUCCUUCAGGGACAACGACAUGAGGAGGACCUUCAAGGAGAUCCUGUGCUUCCUGUGCCGGCGGGGCAGCAACAACCAGGGCAACUCCGGAGUUCACUUUAGCACCCUGGAGCACGAGAACUAUAAGUCUCGUACCGUCAAGCUGAGAGAGGAGAGGAGCAACGGGAUGCCUCUCAUUCACGAAGACUCGGAGGACAACCAUGUCUCUUCAGAAAAGUAACCAACCCAAACAACGAUAAACUUUCAGCGCACUCAAGACAUGCAGACACACAGUGUGUGUGUGUGUGUGUGUGUGUGUGUGUGUUCAUAUAAACAAGUCUUGAGAUCUGUUUUUCCUCCGCCCGGCAGACUCUUGUGUCUGUUUAUUGUUUUUUUGUUUUUCUUUUGGUCGAUGGACUCCUAACCUCAGUUAGCCGACAUGAUGUGGACGUGUCUUCCAGUUAACCGAAGGGGCUGAUCGACCCUUCGUCAUAGACCUUCAGCAGGCGCAUGGUCGCAAACCCUCCAUUAGUGGGCCAUUAAAACAACAUUGGGGGACAUUGGAGAGCUCACUUCCUGUUGGGACAUAAAUGAACAGAUGGUGGUAGAAGACGUGGCAGCACUUAACUGAACAGCUGGAACAUCCUGCCAGUGCACGGACUGAAAUGUGCCGCGAAGCAGAGAUAUUUGUGCCAUUGAGUUAUAGAAGUAGUAGUUUCUGCCACAAAUGGCUUUAACAAUAUCCUCAUGAUGUAUUAAUGUGAAUGCAGCUUUAUAACGUACAUCUAGCUAAGACUAACAACAGUCCUGCAGUAAAUCCUCACCUUGUGAAGCUAAUAAUAUUGAAGCUGUUUUAGAGAGGAGCUGAUUCGACUGGUCAUGUCGCAGGGUGUGGUUUGCGGUGCUGUGGGUGCCGCAGGACUGUUAGACUUCCUUGGUCUCGGCUAGGAGUACUCAAGAAACCGUCAAGUGAGCGUGUGUGGACUGACAGGAGAUCUGAUGUCUCCGGGGUUUCACGUGGUUGCAGUCGAAGGCCACUGAAGCUCACAGAGCAGACCGGUGCCACCCUGUACUGGGCUGAACAAAAGGGUCUAAUUCCUACUAAUUUGCUGAUGUUUUAUGCACCAGUCACAGGCAACAUUUGGGUUGCCAAAAAAUGUGGAUCAAGCUCUUAAAUUCAUGUACGGCCGGCUUGGCCGCAUGCGAAGCUGCACAGAAUCUGGAUCGGUUUUUGACGACUUCAUAUUUACUGCCACUGCUUUUCACUCAGAGGCCCAAGCGGCCGGUUGAUCGCCUGCUCGGCUGUUUGGGUCCGAGUUGGGUGUUUGUGCCCUGUUAUACCUUCUUGUAUGUCUGAUUUCUCUGUUUUAUAGUUGCUUCCAUCAGAGCAACUCGUGUAACUGUUUGCCACGAAUGUUGCUGGCCAUCUUGGAAUUAGAUUUUACAAGGCAGUUUUAAUCUAUUGUACAUCGUUCUAAUAUUUAUCUCCACAAAUCAGAAUCAAAGUUUUUUGUUAACGAUUCUGAUUCGGUUACAGACUUUUAAAUGUAGGAUAUUAAUGUUUUGGGUUUUGUUUUUUUAACCCCCAUUGUUUUAAUGUGUGACAAGCGCGUUAAAUGUUUUCAGAGCCACAAACCUCCAGGUGCUUGUGUUUUGUUUUGUUUUUAAAAAGAUUUAACUUUUCUCCUAAAUAUCAGCGUGAACAAACUGACUUGUAUGACGUGAGAUCCUGUUGUUGCUACUGCUGCAUCAGAAGUGGUCGUCCUGCAGCUCUGCACAGUGAGCCGCUUCCUUCCUUUUAUUUGUGAUUGUAAUUUGUAAUUGGUUUUUGCCACUUUAUGCUGCUAACACUGUGGUGUUUGCAUCAUGUAAAUUGCCUCUGUGCAGGAAUGACACACAAUAUUCAUUUGUAAAUUGUCUGUUGUGAUGUAAAAUUUAUUUAUGAUCACAGUGUAAUUGUAGAUAUUAUGUACAGUAUUAUGUGCAGACUUGCCAGCAGAGAUAACAAAAAAACAGCAUAAAGGGAAAUUAAGUGGUUUUUUUUUCUUUAGGAUAGUAUCCAGAAAUGUUUAAAUGUGUUUGCUGUCACUGAUAUCAAUAUGCUUAUAGGGACGAACCAUUAAGACGCUGUGUCUCACUUUCAGCCGUGAUAAUCUGCCCUCAGCAACUGACAGCGACGUCAUUAAAAGCUUUGAACAGCCGUGUCUCUCUGA